GUUCCGCCGAAAAAAUCAGUAACACCAAGAAAACUACACAAUCCGGCAAAGGAACUACAACGUCCAGGAACUAAAGACAUGCAGUAUGCUUACAAAGAGCUGCCGCUGGGCAAUCGGGCCUUUGCACUGCGCAUGUUGCACUUAGAGAAGAAGAAGCAGAAGCAGCUCGAAAAGGAAUUUAAGCGGAUGCAGAAAUAA